AUGUCGACUCCAGGAAGCAUAAAAACCUACACCUCUGCACCUCUCAAGGCCAACAAAACAGAAGAGGAAACACAAGCAGCCAAAAUCGAGCCUCAACCCGCCACCGCAAUCGAGGCCGAAACAACCACUGCGACACUACCCCAGAACACAUCAGCCACGGCCACGGCACCAGCAUACUCCCCGCUCUACGCAGCCGCACAGCCAGAGAGUCUCCCAGCUCAACCAGGCGCCGCAGCAAGCCUCCCUGCCCCAACAGCAGCCGCCUCCUCACAACCAGCAUCCAAUCUAAUGCCAACGCCAACAUCAACCUUCCCAACAACAACGUCUACACAAUCCCCUCCUCCACCACAACCGGGCGCUGUACCACAAGCAGGACAAGCUGUGUCUCCUUCCCUUCCAUCUACCGCGCAAGCUACAACAACGCCCCAGUAUCAGCCCCAGCCUCAGCCCUCGAGCCAAUUCACCUCGUCCUACGCCUACCACCGCUCCCCACACACUGUAUCCGACACUCCAAACUCGACGUCAACCCCAUACUCGUCUGUGUACCAGGCCCCGACUGGCGGAGGUCCGUCUGGGGCUGCGGGACUGCCGCUGCAUUAUAGCAGUGGAGGGGGUGGUGGUGCGAGUAGUAUUUUCCCCGAGGGUGAUGAGCCUUCGUUUUUGAGUACGGCUAAGGGGUGGAUGCAGAGUGCUGGGUCGAAGUUGGCGGAGGUUGAGGCGGAGGUUUGGAAGCGGAUUAAUAGUGCGCAUGAUAAUGAUGAAUGA